CGCGCUCGAGCCCAUUUCCUCCAGCAGCAGGCCUCUGAGACACACGCGAAAAAAACACACACACACACACACACUCACACAAAUGCAGAGUCCGGGGCAAACGUCAGAGCAAAGCUAGGUCUGGAAUUGUCGAAACUAAACGCUGCUAAACCUGGAUGCCCCGUCCCCGACCGCAGGAGUCCUCCUGAUGGGCCUUCAUCGCUGAUUGCAGCUACAUCUGGUCGACACCACGGCGGAGUGUUUUCGGGCUCUGAUGGUACCAGCUGAACAGUGACCGCUACCUGCCCGAGGACACCUGCUGCCAACCGCCCCUCAUCAUGUCUGGGAUGCACGCACCAUGGUCGACUGGCACAGAGUGUGUAGCCAAGUACAACUUCCAGACCGCCACCGAACAGGACCUGCCCUUCUGUAAAGGAGAUUUACUGACCAUCAUCGGAGUCACCAGGGAUCCCAACUGGUACAGAGCGAGGAACACGGUGGGCAGAGAGGGCACCAUCCCGGCCAACUAUGUGCAGAAACGGGAGGGAGUCAAGUCGGGAGGGAAGCUCAGUCUUAUGCCCUGGUUCCACGGGAAGAUCACUCGGGAGCAGGCCGAGCGGCUCCUCUACCCCCCGGAGACGGGCUUGUUCCUGGUGAGGGAGAGCACCAACUACCCCGGCGAUUACACGCUGUGCGUCAGCUGCGACGGCAAAGUGGAGCACUACCGCAUCAUCUACCACAACGGCAAGCUCACCAUCGACGAGGAGGAGUACUUCGAGAACCUCAUGCAGCUGGUUGAGCACUACACCAAAGACGCCGAUGGCCUUUGCACCCGGCUCAUCAAACCCAAGCUGAUGGAGGGAACGGUGGCAGCACAGGACGAGUUCUCCAGGAGCGGCUGGGCCUUGAACAGGAAGGAGCUGAAACUCCUGCACAGCAUUGGCAAAGGGGAGUUUGGAGAUGUGAUGGUGGGAGACUACAGAGGGAACAAGGUGGCGGUCAAGUGCAUCAAAAAUGACGCCACGGCGCAGGCUUUCAUCGCCGAGGCCUCCGUCAUGACGCAACUGAGGCACAACAACCUGGUGCAGCUGCUCGGGGUGAUCGUGGAGGAGAGGGGCAGCCUCUACAUCGUCACAGAGUACAUGGCCAAGGGCAGCCUGGUGGACUACCUGCGCUCCCGAGGACGGACCGUGCUCGGCGGAGACUGCUUACUCAAGUUCUCGCUGGACGUGUGCGAAGCCAUGGAGUACCUGGAGGCCAACAACUUCGUGCACAGGGACUUGGCGGCCCGCAACGUGCUGGUGUCCGACGACAACAUCGCCAAGGUCAGCGACUUCGGCCUCACCAAGGAGGCGUCGUCCAUACAGGACACGGGCAAGCUGCCCGUCAAGUGGACCUCGCCCGAGGCCAUAAGGGAGAAGAGGUUUUCCACAAAGUCAGACGUCUGGAGUUACGGAAUCCUCCUCUGGGAGAUCUACUCCUUCGGGCGCGUGCCUUACCCUCGGAUCCCCCUGAAAGAGGUGGUGCCCCGGGUGGAGAAGGGAUACAAGAUGGACGCCCCGGACGGCUGCCCCCCCGUGGUGUACGACCUGAUGAAGCAGUGCUGGACCCUGGACUCUGUCGUGCGGCCCUCCUUCCGCAUGCUGAGGGAGAAGCUGCAGCAUAUCAGAGCCAAGGAGCUCUACCUGUGAAGAGGAGGCACGGGGGGGGGAGGAGGGGGGUGAGACACGGUAGUGCUAGGAGGUGGAGGAGGAAGAAGAAGAGGGACCACAGCAUCUUCCUCCUGCCCAGCCCACAGACCUGUGGGACUACCGUACUGUGCCUCCCCCCCCGCCCCUCCACCUUUGACCCUAGGCCGCCCCCUGCCUUCACACGAGGACGUUUUUUUUCAGUUUGUGUCGUAAAGCUUUUGCCGGACAGUUUCUCGUCCUCUCGACGGGCCACCGCUCUCUCCUCUCUCCACCCCCCCCCCCCCCGAUGCUCUCUCCCCUCCUCUGGUCCAAGUCCCUCCUCCACCUGGAAGAUCCCCUUUUAGUUGCUGUUCUUUUGUUUCUCCCCCACCCUCCACCUCCAACUCUUCCACCUCCUCCUCUCCUGAACAUGGCAUUUAGAGGGGAGGCUUGUUUGUCAGGUGCCGCCCCCCCCCCCCCCUCCUCCGCCACACCAUCAUUCCUGGAUCUCUGCAUCGCCUUGUUGCUCUGCAUGGAUUCAGCUCAGCUCUCUCGUCAUUCCACCCCCCCCCCCCCCCCCCCCGGCGUGGUGUCAGGCGUGGGGCCUUCGCUCUGUGCUAAAGUGCCUCCAGACUUCCCUUCCAGCUCGUCUUUCAACUGGACUGUUGUAGUUCCAUUUUUUUAUUUGUAUUGCUUUUUUUAAGAGAUGUUUUUUAAUGCUUUCAUUUUUUUCAGGGAGGUUAUCAAGCCGUUUUAAAUAUUAGUGCCAUCUCCUGCACCUCCAUGGUAGCCCCACAAGAAGGGGAUGAUUCUUUUUUGUACCACGUGUCCAGGAUGAGAAUUAUGGGGCCACUAUCAUGUUUGUCCUCUAACCACCUGGUGGGGGGGGGGGCAGGGCAAUAACGGGAGACGGGCGGCGAGGCGGUUCACAAACAUGGUGGAUUCAUCAUACGUGAGCUUGUUUUUUAUAUCAAAAUAUAUUUAAAGGAGUCUAAGAAAAAAAAAACGAACAAGGAAGAAACUGACUAGUGUGGAGAAUAACAAAUAAAAUAAGAAACGGAGGACUUUCAGAAGCCAGGAGUCACUCGGCUUUGGGGACCUUCAGGGUCGGGGUGGUGCAUGCUGUGUGUGAGAGGCCUUGGGUUCAACUGUCAGUGCUUUCAAUGUUCAGUGUUUUAUUAUGCUAUCAUGAUUAUGAAUAAAUCAUUCCAUCUGAAACACA